GUGAUGCAGAAAUUUGGAGUUUUGUGGUUUACAUCAUGGAUCACAGGCACUGGAGUAACCUUCUGUUUAACCUUCUUCCAGUUAGCAGACUCUGAGUCGGACUGUGAGCUUGGCGAGAGGUGCUUCAGGCAGAGUGAUGAAAACUUUAGCAGCUGGUAUGUGUGGUUCCUGAUGUUGUUUUUCCUGGCCUUGAUUCUGUCCUGUGGGAUCUGCUGCUGCCUGCAGUGCUGGCUGAAACAGCGGGGCUGCCUCCUCCACCGACACACCGUGGCUGUCUUUGCACUCAGCGGCUCCGAUGCCUUUUGUGCAAGUGAAGCACCUCAGUCCCCAUUCUCUGGAUCUCUGAGACCCUGUAUGACUGCGGAGAUGUCCUCUUCUCUCACCCCACCAUUCAGCAUCGGAGGUACCGAAUUGCCUCCAUCCUAUGAGGAUAUUAUGAAGGAAAACAAGCUGUAG